AUGCCGUCAGCAUCUGGGAAGAAGGAUCCACAAGUUACUCCGAGGCCUGCGACGGGGCCGCCUCUGACUGUCCUUAUGCUGUUUCUUGAUGGGCAGGAUGCUAUGGCGGAUGUGGCUGCAGCAGAUGUUAACCCUGCAAUCGAUAGCUGCGACGAGAAGAUGUUGCCCAAGGUGAAUAUGUUGUUCGAUGGUGAGAGCGAUGCGUAUGAGUUCUACAUUGCAUAUGCUGAAAAGGUGGACUUCUUUGUCCGAAGGUCAACGCUCUGGACAACAUCAAAGAACAUAAUCACAAGGAGAACUUUUGUGUGCUCGAGAGAGGGUUUCCAGGAGAAGAAGAAAGGAGCAAAGGAAGCAAAGUGUCCGCGUCCUGAAACACGAAUUGGAUGCCCAGCAAGCUUGACCAUUAGACUCACCGCUAAUGGCAAGUACCGUUUGACAGAGUUUGUGCCGAAUCAUAACCAUCAGCUGGCAACGGCAUGUACAGUUCAUAUGCUGAAAGCAAAGAAAAUCAGGCACAAAGCACGGGCUGCGAGAGAAAAUCUGGCAGAUGAUACUGUGAGUACACCAGAAUUUGAGAAUGAAGAUGAGGCAUAUGAAUUUUACAGCAUCUAUGCAGGGAAAAUUGGGUUCAGCAUGCGUAGGGCUAGCAUGACGGUGAAUACUGAGAAUGUUAUAACCAGAAGAAUGUUUGUUUGUUCAAAAGAAGGGUUCCGUGAGAAGAAAAGAGGAGCAAAAAGAGUAAAGAACCCUCGACCAGAAACGCGGACUGGCUGUCCAGCAUGUAUGGUCAUCAGGCUUGGAACUAACGGCAAAUAUCAAGUCACAGAAUUUGUUACCUGCCACAAUCACCAGCUUGGGGCUGCAGCAGCUUCAGAUCUUGUCAUGACAUCUGGGAGUACAGAAAAUGGUCAAGAUGAUGGAGUUGAUCAGGCAGAUAGAUCACUCGAUGAUUCUGUUCACAAGCAAAAUCUGAUUAAUGGAAGUGCCACUCUAAAUUCCCUAGAAGAAUGCAACUUCAAGAGAUGCCUAUUUGAUUGUGAGGAUGAGGAUGAGUUUGUGACAGCAUGGAAGGAAAUGUUGGAAAAGUAUGACCUAGAAGAUAAUCAAUGGCUAGCAGAUUUGUUCUCAAUAAAGGAGAAAUGGUCACUGGCAUAUGGCUGCGAUGCAUUUUUUGCUGAUAUGAAAAGUGUCCAGCAAAAGGAAAGUUUGACAGAGAUGGAGGCUGAUGUGAAUGCUAAUCACAGUACAAAAAAGCCACCUUCUAUGCGAAUGUUAAGGCAAGCUGCCAAUGUAUAUACACCUGCCUUUAAAAUGUUUGAGAGGGAAUUUGAAUUAUACAUGGAUUGCAUGCUCUACAUCUGUGGUGAGAUGGGCACAAUUUUCGAGUAUAGAAUAAGUGUCGAGGACAAACCAAGAGAUCACUUUGUACUUGACACGAGGAAUAUCAAGGACCUUCCUAUUCAGUACAUCGUGAAAAGGUGGAGGAAGGAUGCCAAAUCAGGAUCCUCAAAUGGUGAUUGUGCUUUCUCAUUUGAUGGUGAUCCUGACUCUCUCCACAUAAAACGUUAUAAUUUUUUGUGUCGUAUGUUCAGUAUAGCAGCGGCUAGGGCUGCAACUUCUGCUGAAUCAUUUGCAUAUAUGGAAAACCAGUCAAACAUACUGAUGGAUCAAAUAGAGCAAGUUAUUCAAACCAGACCCCCUGACAUAGCUGAUCUUAUUGGUGCUAAUUGUGACCGAACUCAAAAUUCAGUUGACAAUAUUGUCGCUGAAGGCAUUCACAGUCAUACUAAUUUUCUUAAUGGCUCCACUGAUGGCUCUCUAACAUUUCCGUUCACAUUGGGUGCUGGCACAUUGGAUUACCGCUAA